AUGGAAUCCAAUACUGGCAGCAAGCCUGAUCUGAGGUUUAGUCCUCGUGUUAAGGAACUCUUGGAUCUAGAAAGCCGCGUCACAGCUGGCGGCUUUGAUCCUCUGCCCUAUUUUUUCGAUAAAGGCCAAGGAUCUCUGUUAUGGGACGUCGAUGGAAAAGAAUAUAUUGAUUUCAUUGGCAUGUUCAGCGCUGUCAAUACUGGACACUGCCAUCCUGAUAUCAAGAAGGCUCUGGUAGAGCAGUUAAACAAAAUUACACUGCUAAAUCUAUCAUGCCACAAUUCUACGUUUGGUCCUUUCGCUAGAAGGCUUUGUACUCGCUUCGACUACGAUAAGGUGGUUGCGAUGACGUCCGGUACAGAAGCGGCAGACACCGCUUGCAAGAUAGCCAGAUGCUGGGGUAUUAAUCAAAAACGAAUUCCUGCCAGCGAUUGUAUCAUUCUAGGAGUUGGGGAUUGUUACCAUGGGCUCGCUUCCGGGGUCUGGGGCUUAAUGAACUCCAACCCAUUGAGGACAACAAAGUAUGGACUUGAGAGCCAAAUCCUGAUGAAUACCAAUCCGAGCACGGGAGAAUUGCUGGGAUAUGGCGACCUGGAAAAGAUGAGGUCUUGCCUUCAAGAGAACAAGGAUAGGGUUGCAGCAGUGAUCAUAGAAUGCAUUCAUGGGUACAGCCGAGAUGCUUCUGACGACAUUCGCUACGCACGAGGUGUUUAUGAGCUUUGCAAAUCUAUGAAUAUCCUCUUCAUUGCGGAUGAGGUCCGACAAGGUGCAGGUAAAACCGGCAAGUUUUUCAGCUUCCAGCACCUCGGUGACGACGUGAAACCUGAUAUUGUGACAAUGGGAAAGUCGAUUACCGGGGGUUUCUAUCCCCAAUCCUUUAUUAUGGGCGUGGAUGCAGUCAUGGCAUCGGUUGGCCCGUACGAAAUGGCCAGCACCUACGGCUUUAGCCCGCUCGCUAUAGCAGCGGCUAAUGCAACCCUCGACGUUAUUGAUCGUGAAAAUCUGAUUGAGCGAGGAGUCCAUCUUGGAUACCUGUGGAAGACAGCUGUCGAGUCUUGGCAGCAUCCACUUGUAGACUAUGUUGCACAAAUCGGGGCGGACUCCAACUUGAUACUUCGAGGGGUUAAACCUUCGCGGGUUGCAGCUCUCUGUAUGCACCGGGGCCUCUUUGUAUAUCCAAAGGCGAACGGACUUCGACUCAGUUUUGCUAUGAACAUGCCUGAUGAGUUGCUUCUGAGGGGGGCAGCAAUCCUGAGAAGCUGUUUAGAUGAUAUAAACAACUAUGGGUCAAUUGAAGGUGAAACGACCCGUUAUGAGUCAGUUUAG